AUGACUUGGAACAACAAAGGCUUCCUGGCCAACCCUCCAUUAAGAGAGGACCAUGUGCUCAUGACCGUCACAAUGUGGAUCGAGAAGGACAAAGCUGUUCGCACUCCCUUUAUCACCAUUAACUCGAACGGUCUCGUUCAACAUGUGAGGGACUUUAUGGUGGUCAGCACGUGCAAGCUGCAAGUUUACAAAUUUCCUUUUGAUAUUCAGAGCUGCACCUUGUCUCUCAAGUCUAUCGUUUACCCAGAGGAGGAGUUGAAGUUUGAAGCCUUAGAAAACAGUACAGUGAUAACGGAAUGGACUCGCCAAUCGUUGGGUAACGAGUCUGAGUGGCUGCUCAUCAGCAUUACAAUCAAGAUGAAGAGGGGUUCUGGCCUCUACAUCGUCAACUUCUUAGUGCCCAUCAUGUUCUUCCUGUGUCUGGACUUGGCCUCCUUCCUGAUGUCAGACAGCGGGGGCGAGAAGGUCAGCUUCAAGGUCACUGUGCUGCUCGCUGUCACUGUGAUGCAGCUUAUUCUCAACGACAUUCUGCCUUCCUCUUCAGACAGGAUACCGCUUAUAGCGGUGUACUGCAUUGCGAUGUUUGUUUUGAUAAUGAUCAGCCUUCUGGAGACGAUUUUGGUGAUGUAUCUGAUUGAGAAAGACAAACAGGGCAACUAUGAUGGAGGUGAGACUGAACACAUUCUUUAA